AUGGCCAAAACAUCUGCAAUCAGGAAUGCUAUCACUCAAUUCUCUCAGUUGUCUGGUGAAACUUUAUGUGAAGCUUGGGAACACUACAAAGAGAUGCUUCGAAAGUGCCCAUAUCAUGGGAUGCCUGAUUGGAUGGUUAUUAAUUACUUCUGUAAUGGCUUGGGACCUCAAUCGAGGCCAAUGCUCGAUGCAGCAUCAGGUGGAGCUCCAUGGGCUAAGAGCUAUGAUGAGGUGGAUUCUUUGGCAAAUCUAGGAAAUGAGCAGCCAUCUUCAGUUUGCGAGCUAUGUGCAGGUACUCAUGCCACUAAUCAGUGUGCCAUAUCUAGCGAGUCAGCUCAGUUUGUGAGCAAUUUUCAGAGAUCUCAGCAGCCAGCUCCGGCUACUUGUCACCCGAAUAAUCGGAAUCAUCCGAAUUUCAGCUGGAGCAACAAUCAGAACUUCUUGCCACAACCGCAACAACAGUUUCAACAGCAAGGAGCUAGACCUUUCAACCCUUCUGGUUUUCAACAACAAAUUGCACCGAUAUAUCAAUUCCAUCCAUCCAGAUUCCAGCAACAAAAUCAUGGGGUGGCUGGACAGUCUUCCAACAAAAGAUCUGAAUGGGAAGAGUUGAAACUAAUGAUUAAAAGCCAAGCGGUGUCAAUCAAAACUUUGGAGAACCAGAUUGGGCAGAUUGCUAACGCGUUGAUUAACAGAUCACAAGGAAUUCUUCCUAGUGAUACCGAGGCCAAUCCGGGUAAGAAAGAGGUGAAGGAACAGGUACAGGCAGUCACUUUGAGGUCCAGAAAGGUUACGAAGGAUAAAGAUUCAGCAACAUAG